UCAUUUACGUGUGCCAAAAUGCGGGCGGACAGCGUCAAUCUCAACGGUUACAAAAACCGUCCGUAAUGCAUAACCGAGUCCUUGCCUAACCUAUCGUCGCAAUGUUACUGGCAAAGCCCCCGUCAUUAUCGCAAUUCUCAACUCCCGUCCCCACAUUUUCCCUUUUUCCGGCACAGCCCCCACACGUUUUCUUCCCUACCCUAAAAGGGCCUCCCUUCACCACCACCACCGCUUCUGCCGCAAACCGCUGCCCACUCCGUCGCGAAAAUGAAGCAUAAACGUCACAUCCAACACUCGUGCCCUAACACAUUCCACUAUCACCGGACCAGCAAUUCCCUGUAACUUCAAGUUGCUUCAAUAAACAAAUGUGGAGGACCUCGUUUAAUUUGCUCAGGCACAGCGCCACGGCCGCCGCUCGAUGCGGGGCGGCUGCUCCGAGGAAGAGCAAGUGGCUGAGCCUGCAUUUGGAUGGGAAGAUCAGUAACAGUGGCCAUGGCUGCUUUUUUGGGAGAAAUUUGGGCGGGGCGCAGUAUUGCAGUGGCUCCACCGUAGUCGGCGGAAGAGAUGAUGGUAAAGGGGAAGGGAAUGAGCAGAUAAUUUCGGUAGCGGAGGCGAAAAAGCUGAUGAGAUUGGUGAGUGUGGAGGCGCUGAAGGGUAAUCUAGGUUUGGAACAAAAGGAGGUGAUUGCCUAUUCCCAGCUACUGGAUGCUUGUCAAAUCGUAGGUGUAGCUAAGUCCCGAGAAGAGGCGGAGGCGUUUUCUCGUGUCCUGGAUGAAGCCGGCGUGAUCUUACUCUUCCGUGAUAAAGUUUAUCUUCAUCCCGAUAAGGUUGUUGAUCUAGUUAGGAAGGCAAUGCCAAUUGCACUUUUACCUGAAGGUGAUCCAUCCACAGAUGAGCUUAAUAAACUACAGGAAGUUAUGGAUGGAAUUGACAAGCUUGCACAUAGACAGGUCCGCUUCAUUCUUUGGACAGGUCUCGGGGCAGGUAUUCUGUUGGUUGGCCUUUUCUUCCGUCUUACAUUCUGGGAAUUCUCUUGGGAUGUUAUGGAGCCAAUAGCGUUUUUCACUACUACAACUGGUUUAGUCAUAGGCUAUGCAUACUUCCUGUUCACUUCAAGGGACCCCACUUACCAGGACAUGCUGAAGAGGCUCUUCAUUUCUAGACGAAGGAAGCUCAUCAAGAAGAAGAAUUUUGAUAUACAGAGAUUUGUAGAACUCCAGAAGAAAUGCAGGUUACCCCAGAAUGGAACAAACUCAAUGAAUCGUAAGUUGGGGGUAGACCUAGAGGAAAUGCUACAUGGCCAUUAUUAGAAGGUAUAAUUUUGCUGUAGGCUGUGUUUGGUGAUAAGUGCCUACCAAAACAGUAAAGCUGAUUGCUGAAGCUUCUGUUAUCUUUAUUGACUUGUAGAAAAGAUUGGAGAAGAUUAAUAAGCUUAUUACUCUAAUCUAAUGCUAAAUUUCUAAUGCCAAUUUUUUGAAGUAACGCUGAGGUUAUUGGUGUUCCCUCUGAAUGGGCUUCUCUUUCGUUCCUUUUGUGAAAUAACUCUAAAAUGUGCUGGAGUAUCCUGCUCUGCCCAACACCAUCAAUAGCAAAUGCAUAGUGAAACCCUAUUUAUAUGGCUCUUGCCCACAAGAACAGCAGACAGAAAACAUAGCACUGUCACCAUAUCACCCCAAAUCAGCUCCAACCCAUGCCAAAGAUAAUAUAGUCGGGUGCAAUAGUGAAUUGGGGAACCUCUGAGUGGGCGAGAAAAAGACUUGGGCUCCACAAUAAAAAUUCCAAAUUUUUCUUUAAAGUGGUACGGAGUAUAAUUUUUUAUUUGUAGUCCAACUUUUACAAAAAUACAGUAACAGUUUUGAUUUGAUACCAAUAUUGUAUAUAUAAAGUACAAAAAUAUAAGUUUCAUCUGAUGGAAUUUC